AUGUCGUCCCUCAGUUUGACGUCUGAAUCAGAGAACUCCCCUUUUAUCCCCCAGGAGAAAGUGGACGAAAGAGAGACAUGCACUUGUCAUUUGACACCUCGACAAGACCGGAGUAGAAGGAUUUGCCAGACUCUGUUCAUUUCAUUCAACUGUGUAUUCGCGUUUCUCAAUGCCGUGCUCUUAUUUACAAAUCUCAAACACGCAAAUCCACCUGGCUGUCCGGAACAGUACGGGCGAUACGAGCCCGAUGGAAUUCCAAGAGCAACGGAAGAGAAGACAUGGCACUUGCCUAUCGGAGUCCGAUCGCCGUACACAAGUCUUGAUCCAACAAUCGCAGAUGCAGCAUGGGAAAAGAUUGUCAUAGGAACAGAACAGGGAUGGGUGAACAUUAGCCAAGAGAAGGUCAACGACAUGGGCCAAGAUUCAAUUCAGUUUGACGACGGCUCUGGAUACUUUUUUGGUCUAGAUGUUUUCCACCAACUUCACUGCCUGAAUUAUAUUCGAAAGAAGACUUUGCUAUAUGCGCCCGUAUACCAGAACCAACCUGGGGAAGAGGACAUCCCAAUGAAGUACCACAUCCCCCACUGCCUUGAUAGCAUCCGGCUAUCUUUACAAUGCCACGCAGACAUGAGUGUGAUACCACAACGAUGGGCACCAGGCUGGAUCGAGCCAUGGGCGAUCUGGACGAAUCAUCACCAGUGUCGGAACUUUGAGCAUGUCAGGGACUGGGCCAGACAGAAUGGCCUCCACUCGCCAGGCCAGCUGACUCAUCCUGAGCUUGGGGCUGUGAGGAAUGGGAAGGUCAAUGUUUCGGCCCUGCCCAUCUACAAUGAAGAGCAUGAUAUUGAAGUGGAGGUGACACUUUCGUAG